AUGGAUUACAGGCGCGCCUCUCUGGUGGUGAGCCCACAGCAGCAGGCGAGCAUAAAUUCCCAUAUCUACUCCAGCUUCGCCGGCGCUGGUCCUCCUCGCAACACCAAUGGAAUUUUGUCUGAUUCGACCACAAUGUGGUGGGACGAGGAACGCAUCGAGGAGACCGUCAAUCGCCACUUUGUGUUAUCUAGGUUGCGACCCGAUGAGCAGGUGCGGCUCGAUGAGCCGCUGGGGUUUGGUGGUGGGCUGACCGAUGACACGUACAUGGAAUGGAUUGAACAGAAGGCCAAGCGGAUAUUCCUGAUCUUGGUGGACCUUGGGGUGCCGGAUCAGAUCUUUGGAGUUAUCGACGAUUCUUGGGACGAUGAUGAUCUUCCCGUGCCCUUGGACCAGGUCGAGCGACUCCAGUUGACGUACGACAAGGAUGAGAAGCUGGAGAAGAAGUUCUUCCACCGGCAGUUUGCCUACCUGUUGAGGAACGUUCAGAAGGGAGAGCUGGUGUAUUACGACGAUGAAGAAGUCGUACCUCUUGAACUGGCUGAGAAACGCCCUGUCGGGGCUGUCGCAGGUCUUGUACCAAGCAACCUUGAUAAGGUCCAUCGUCCCGGAAAACCGGAUGACUUACUGCUUCGUCGACGGAUACCUUUAGGCACUGCACCAGGACGCAUGCCACAGGAAGAACUUCUCUCUGGAGUCGAGGCCAUGAAAGCCCUUGAACAUGUACACUUGACUUGUCUUUGGGGUUCUUACAUCCAAGGGGGCUGCGGGUACCUUCUCCUCACACCUGUGAACGAUAGUACCCUGAAACAUUUCCUGGCUGUAACUGCUCCAUCCAUAAAGAUACUUCCUAAGCAAGACCGCCGAGUCCUACUCCUGAACUGGCUUCAUUGUUUAGCGGACGCUCUCGCUACCUUGCAUGCUCAAGGGAUCACUCACCGAAAUAUCAAACCUUCCAAUAUGAUGCUCGACAUCGACAAUCACAUCUUCUUCGGCGAUUCUGGCAUCUUCCCAGUAGCAAAUUUCCACGGAGAGAGGCGGACAUUCGAUAAGGAAAUGUAUGACUAUUCUGCUCCAGAGGCGGCACCACGGAUGCCAGCACCGCCGCCCAUUUCACUUCCAGUUUCGAGGCCUACCACAUCCCGACGGUCAACAGGACCUAGCACCGGGACGAUCGUCCACUCAAGUGCUCAUUCUUUCGUGGUCUCGAACGAAACUUCCUCGAUCUACACGUCCUCCAGUGGCUCCCAAUCUCAAUCUCCUCCAAAAUCAUCUCACGGACACAAACCCCACGAUCCUCAAAAGGCUGAUAUAUUUUCUCUUGGCUGCAUCUUCCUCGAGAUCCUCACUUUCUUCCUCAAGCGAGCCUCUCGCAACUUCUCAUCUCACCGCUCUUGCAAAAACAAGACUCCUGGUCGUGGCGGCGGUCUACCCGACUCUUCCUUCCACAAGAAUCUAGGACAAGUGGCAAGCUGGAUGAAGACCCUGAUCAAAGAUGCCAGCAAGAAAGAGGAUAAGGUCUUCAGGGGCGUCAGUCACAUCAUCGGCCUAGUCGACAACAUGAUCAGUCCGAAUCCUGAGGAACGCCCGAGUGCGAGGGAGGUACAGGAGAAGAUGCACAACAUCCUGUCUCAAAUCUGCGGACUGAGUGUCGGGCAAUCCGAAGACGGGGAGUUGAAACCCAGGAUCCACUGUGAACCAGGCAGGACAGACCAAAACGAAUGGAAUGUCGGAUUCGACCAACUGCGUCUAGCGUCCCAGCGAGCGGCGGCAGAGGCUUGCGCGAGUGUCAACCCCGUGACCGCGAAUGGGGGGACUUUGGGCUUGACGGGAGGCGUGAUCUAUGGAGUCGAAAGAGUGCAAUCGCUCUCGGUGGCUUCGAGUACCAGCUAUACGGUGUCGAAAGAGAAGUCAAGGAGCUUUCCUGUGGGGGACGACAGAGCAAGUAUCGCGACGAGUAAGAGUAGGAGUAGUGAGGGGAAGAGCAGGCCUGGUAGUGGGAGCAACACACCGCAUGGGAAAGUGAAGCCAAAGGCCAAGGCGUGGCAGGCUCCUGUUUAUGCUGAAUUGAGCUUUGGAUAA